UUGUUAGACUAAACUCUCCUCGUUCCGGUCUACUCUAUUAACUCUCUCUGUCAGUCUCUUACACACACACACACUAGACAGAGACUUGUUUGGCUACUUCAUUUUCCCUCCAACUCACUCCAUCCUUCAUUACAUCAAUGUAAGAACACAAACAAUACUAUAAUAUUCACACACACUUAUUUUGUGUUUACACACAGCUGUGUGAAAAUGGUGACCGGAAAAGUAAUGGGGCUUCAGAGAACAUCGGCGAACCCUAAAGCAACUGCGCCCAGAAAGCAAACGCCGGCUUUGAGCUCGGAUAAGAUGACCCAGAAGGCCCCUUCACGCUCUUUUGGGGGUUAUUUUCCACGCGCCUCCGCGCAGGUGCAGCCACGGCCGCCGGAUGUGGCUGAGCUUCACCACCUGCUUGAUGAAAUGCGCCAGAGAGAGGCCCUUUUGAAGGCGGAGGUUGUGGAGCUGAGAAAGUUUAAGGGGAAUGCUGAGAUUGUUUCGAGUCUUGAAAGUAAGGUGGCGUGGAAGGAGAGUGAGGUUAGGAGAGCUGAGAAAAUGGUGGGUUGUUUGGAGGAUGAGAAUGAGAGGUUGAGACAGGAAGUGGAGAUGUUGCAUUGUAAGUUGUCUGAGGUGAGUAGGGAGAGUGGGGAUAGGAUUAAGGUUUUGGAAGAGAAGGUUUCGGAGUUGAGUCGGAUGAAGGAUGCUCAAGAAGGGUCUAAAUCGCAGAGGUUUAAGGGGAAAUUUAAUGUGAAGAAGAAUGGGAAUGUUCUUGAGAAGUUUGAUUAUUUGGAGCAAUCGAAAGGGAAGGAGAAGGAGGUAGAAUUAGAACUUACAUUGCCGAAGGAGAGUGUUGAUUUUGCCGCGUCAGCUGAAUCUCGGUUGCCUAGGAUUCCAAGACCUCCACCGAGGCUGAAUGUUUCUUGUUCUGAUUCUGCGGGAUGUUUAGAGCCAUCAGUUUCAGCUUCGGGAUUAGUGAAGGUGGCGCCUCCACCUCCACCACCGCCCCCAAAGGGGUUAAUGGCGGGGGCAGGGAAGGUGAGGAGAGUGCCAGAGGUUGUGGAAUUUUAUCACUCUUUGAUGAGGAGAGAUUCGAGGCGAGAUCCUGGAGGCGGAGGAGGAAGUGAUGGGUUGCCGGUAACUGCAACUGCAAGGAAUAUGAUCGGGGAAAUUGAGAACCGGUCAGCCCACUUGCUUGCUAUAAAAUCAGAUGUUGAAACCCAAGGCGAUUUUAUUAGGUUCUUGAUCAAAGAAGUCGAGGAUGCUAAAUUUACAGAUAUUAAAGAUGUUGUUGCUUUUGUUAAAUGGCUUGAUGAAGAGCUUUCUUACCUGGUUGAUGAGAGAGCAGUACUUAAACACUUUCAAUGGCCAGAGAAAAAAGCUGAUACGUUAAGAGAAGCGGCAUUUGGAUAUUGUGAUGUCAAUAAACUGGUAUCGGAGGCAUCCUCUUUUAAGGAUGAUCCUCAGUUGCCCUUUGUUCCUGCUCUCAAAAAAAUGCAAGCGCUGUUUGAAAAACUAGAGACAGGUGCUUACAAUCUCUCGCGCACUAGGGAAUUGGCUGCUCAACGUUAUGAAGGGUUCCAUAUUCCAAUUGAUUGGAUGCUGAAUUCCGGAUUUACAAGUCAGAUAAAGCUAGCAUCUGUAAAAUUAGCGAUGAAGUACUUGAAAAGAGUUUCAGCAGAGCUUGAAAUGGUAGGUGGUGGUUCUGAAGAAGAAGAAUUGAUAGUUCAAGGAGUAAAGUUUGCCUUUCGGGCACAUCAGUUUGCAGGAGGUUUUGAUACGGAAACAAUGAGGGCAUUUCAAGAGCUGAGAGAUAAAGUAAAAUUGUGCCGUAUUCAAUGCCAAAGUCACUAACAGAGAUCUGCUGCAGGCCUACAUUUUGCUGAAACAUAAAGAACUUUCUGAUUCUAAGAACUUGGCAGGAUAUCAAUGACGGUAUAACAGUAAAAAAAGGGAAAGAAAGAAAGAGAAACGUCCAAGAUCAUUUCUGAAAAUGAUCAACUAUCAUUUCUUGCUAGAAUGCCAAGUAUCCAAAUGCCAAGAGGUAACUAAGCUUCAUAUCACAGAAGUGUGGCAUCACAUUUUGUUGUAAAGACUAAGAAUAGAACACUUACUAGAAAAUGCUGUGAUAAUGUAUUUAAAGUUAAUGAGAAAUUCAAGGAUGAGCAUCUCCUUUUGUGUA